AUGGCUGGGGGAGAAAGAUAUGCCUCUACUCUCGCUUCAGGAGAGUUUUUCGAUUUCCUGAAGUGAAUAUACAUUAAUUCAAACUAUAUAUCAAACGAUAGAUUACCUGAUUAAUAUCUUUACCUAUCUACGUAUUGUUCUGACAAGUAUGCAGGAUGCAUUAGCCGGGACGGCUAUGCUGACGGACGGCUUUGAGGACGAGAUUGACUCGGUGACUCCACGGUCCCCAGCGGUAGGGAUGGGGGUAGGAGCAACACCAGGAGUCGGACUUGGGGGAAUAGGUAUUGGUGUUGGAGGAAAGAAAGUGCGCUUGUUUAACGAGCCCGGUGGGCCUAGUGCAGACAGACUGGAUUUUAAAUUAGCAGCGGCUGCAGUGCUCUCAUCUGGACCUGGGUCCGGCAGCGACGAGGACGAGGUUUCUGAGGUGGAGUCUUUCAUCCUGGACCAGGAAGACCUGGACAAUCCCAUCAUGAAGACGGCGUCUGAGCUGCUCCUGUCCAGCGCUACAGAUGGUGUAGACCUGCGGACGGUGGACCCAGAGACACAGGCUCGCUUGGAGGCCCUGCUGGAGGCUGCAGGCAUUGGUAAACUCUCGACUGCGGAUGGUAAAGCCUUUGCAGAUCCCGAGGUGUUGCGGCGUCUGACAUCAUCCGUGAGCUGCGCACUGGAUGAGGCGGCGGCUGCCCUCACGCGGAUGCGGGCCGAGAACACGCUCAACGCCGGUCAACCAGACAAUCUGGUUGUUUUCAGCCGGAGCUUAGCUGAGGCCUGCUCAGAUGGGGACGUCAACGCCGUGCGCAAGCUCCUGGACGAGGGGCGCAGCGUCAACGAGCACACGGAGGAGGGCGAGAGCCUUCUGUGUCUCGCCUGCUCGGCUGGCUACUAUGAACUUGCACAGGUGCUCUUGGCCAUGCAUGCCAAUGUAGAGGACCGGGGCAUUAAAGGCGACAUAACCCCUCUGAUGGCAGCGGCCAGCGGCGGCUAUGUGGACAUAGUCAAACUACUACUGGUGCACGGGGCUGACGUCAACGCACAGUCAUCUACAGGCAACACAGCCCUGACGUAUGCCAGCGCGGGUGGCUUUGUUGAUGUGGUGAAGGUGCUGCUGAAGGAAGGCGCUAACAUCGAGGACCACAACGAGAACGGCCACACGCCGCUGAUGGAGGCUGCCAGCGCGGGUCACGUAGAGGUGGCACGCGUGCUGCUGGAGUAUGGGGCUGGCAUCAACACUCACUCCAACGAAUUCAAGGAGAGUGCCCUCACCCUGGCCUGCUACAAAGGCCAUCUUGACAUGGUGCGCUUCUUACUGGAGGCUGGGGCGGACCAGGAGCACAAGACAGACGAGAUGCACACUGCGCUUAUGGAGGCCUGCAUGGAUGGGCAUGUGGAGGUGGCCCGGCUGCUGUUGGACAGCGGGGCGCAGGUCAACAUGCCGGCCGACUCGUUUGAGUCUCCGCUGACGCUGGCGGCAUGCGGGGGCCACGUGGAGCUGGCUGCCCUGCUGAUCGAGCGCGGGGCCAACCUGGAGGAGGUCAACGAUGAGGGCUACACCCCGCUCAUGGAGGCUGCCCGCGAGGGGCACGAGGAGAUGGUAGCACUGCUGUUAGCACAAGGUGCCAACAUUAAUGCCCAGACAGAGGAGACCCAGGAGACGGCGUUGACCCUGGCUUGCUGUGGAGGCUUCCUGGAGGUGGCUGAUUUCCUCAUCAAGGCAGGGGCAGACAUCGAGCUGGGCUGCUCCACACCGCUGAUGGAGGCUGCACAGGAAGGGCACCUGGAGCUGGUCAAGUACCUACUCGCUGCUGGUGCCAAUGUGCAUGCCACCACUGCCACGGGGGACACUGCGCUGACGUACGCCUGUGAGAACGGCCACACGGACGUGGCAGAUGUGCUGCUGCAGGCUGGUGCAGACCUGGAACAUGAGUCAGAAGGCGGAAGGACUCCUUUGAUGAAGGCAGCGAGGGCAGGUCACUUGUGCACCGUGCAGUUCCUCAUCAGCAAGGGGGCUAAUGUGAAUAGGUCAACAGCCAAUAACGAUCACACGGUGGUGUCUCUGGCCUGUGCUGGUGGCCAUCUUGCCGUGGUGGAGUUGCUGCUAGCUCAUGGGGCUGACCCCACCCACAGACUGAAAGAUGGUUCUAGCAUGCUGAUCGAAGCUGCUAAAGGUGGCCACACUAACGUGGUGUCCUACCUGCUAGACUACCCAAACAACAUCCUGUCAGUCCCAGCUCCUGACCUGUCUCAGCUCACGCCCCCUUCUCAAGACCCCUCUCAGGUUCCUCGUGUCCCAUUCCAAGCACUGGCCAUGGUGGUGCCCCCACAAGAACCAGACCGAGUGCCCUCCAACAUCGCCAGCCCCCCACCGGCCACAAGCAAAGCCGCCUCCAAACAGAGGCAAGCCGCCCUCCAGCCCGCCCCCGCCCCGCCCGCCUCCUCCGCCCCUCCGCCCUCGUCCGACGCGCUGCCCCCGGCCUUCCACCCCUACCAGCCGCUGGACUGCAUCGUGGAGGAGACGGAGGGCAAGCUCAACGAGCUGGGCCAGCGCAUCAGCGCCAUCGAGCGCGCCCAGCUGCAGUCGCUGGAGCUGAUCCAGGGCGAGCCGCUCACCAAAGACAAGAUCGAGGAGCUGAAGAAGAGCCGCGAGGAGCAGGUGCAGAAGAAGAAGAAGAUCCUCAAGGAGCUGCAGAAGGUGGAGCGCCAGCUGCAGCUCAAGACGCAGCAGCAGUUCACCAAAGAGUACAUGGAGGCCAAGGGGCUGAAGGCGGAGGUGGGCUGCCAGGGGCAGUGCCCGGGCCCUGGGCACGGCGGGCACCACCCGGGCCACCUGUUGCCCUCCCCCCCGCCCCCGCCACCGCCUCCGCCGCACCACCACGGCAUCCAGCAGCCCCGAGACCCCCCCAUGCCCGCUCAGACCGCCGCCUGCGACAAGGAGCAGGAGGGGCAGCUGCAGCUGCAGGAGUACGAGGAGGAGCAGCCGUCGCCAGGUGAGGAGGAGGAGGAGGAAGAGGAGGAGGACGACGAGGAAGACGAUGAGGAGGAGGAGGAGGAGGAAGAGGAGGAGGACGAGGAGGAGGACGACGAGGAAGAGGUGGCGGAUUCGGUUUAUAGCCAGCUUCCCCCACAGCAGGAAGCAUCAGUUAUCUACCACCACCACCCUCAACCCGACGGCAGCAGCCUCCAGCAGCCUCUACCUCUACCUCCACCUCCGGCCCCCACCCUCCAGCCUCCGCUACAGCAGCAGCAGCAGCAGCAGCAGCCCCCUCCGCCCCCACCCCCUCCCCCGGCCCUGCAGCCAGCCUUCCCGUCUCUGCCGCCCCAGGUGUGUGAGUACCCAGGCGGGGCCAGCCCUGAGCUGCAGAGGGCCCUGGCCGCCCACACAGAGCAGCAGCAGCAGAUGGUGGUGGGCUCUGGGCUCCUGACGCAGGCCCCGCCCGACGGCCUCAUGGUGGCCACGCCCGCACAGACGCUCACCGACACACUGGAUGACAUCAUGGCGGCCGUGAGCAGCCGAGUGCCUAUGCUGAACACUACCACCUCACCCACCCCCAUGUCCCAACCACCGACGCAGAGCACCGCCAACGGCCUCUCUCCCCCCUCGGCACUGCCCCUCUACCCCUCGGUGGACAUCGACGCACAUACGGAGAGUAACCAUGACACUGCGCUGACGCUGGCCUGCGCCGGGGGCCAUGAGGAGCUGGUGUCGGUGCUGAUCGCUCGCGGGGCCAACAUCGAGCACCGGGACAAGAAGGGCUUCACCCCGUUGAUCCUGGCGGCCACAGCGGGCCACGUGGGCGUGGUGGAGGUCCUGCUGGUCAAAGGGGCCGACAUCGAGGCGCAGUCGGAGAGAACCAAAGACACGCCGCUCUCACUGGCCUGCUCUGGGGGGCGUCAGGAGGUUGUGGAGCUCCUGCUGCUGCGGGGGGCCAAUAAGGAGCACCGCAACGUCUCCGACUACACCCCUCUCAGCCUGGCCGCCUCGGGCGGCUACGUCAACAUCAUCAAGAUCCUCCUCAACGCCGGCGCCGAAAUCAACUCCCGGACUGGCAGUAAGCUGGGCAUCUCUCCUCUCAUGCUGGCGGCCAUGAACGGCCACGUCCCCGCGGUGAAGCUGCUGCUGGACAUGGGCUCGGACAUCAACGCCCAGAUCGAGACCAACCGCAACACAGCGCUGACACUGGCCUGCUUCCAGGGCCGCGCCGAGGUGGUCAGCCUGCUGCUUGACCGCAGGGCCAACGUAGAGCACCGCGCAAAGACGGGCCUGACGCCUCUGAUGGAGGCUGCCUCUGGAGGCUACGCUGAGGUGGGCCGUGUUCUGCUGGACAAGGGGGCAGAUGUCAACGCCCCGCCUGUCCCCUCCUCACGCGACACCGCCCUCACCAUCGCUGCAGACAAGGGCCACUACAAGUUCUGUGAGCUGCUCAUCAAUAGAGGGGCUCACAUCGACGUGCGCAACAAGAAGGGGAACACCCCGCUGUGGCUGGCGGCCAACGGCGGCCAUUUUGAUGUGGUGCAGCUGCUGGUGCAGGCGGGCGCAGACGUGGACGCUGCAGACAACCGCAAGAUCACACCGCUGAUGGCCGCGUUCCGCAAGGGCCAUGUGAAGGUGGUGCAGUACUUGGUGAAGGAGGUGAACCAGUUCCCCUCAGAUAUUGAGUGCAUGAGAUACAUUGCCACCAUUGCUGACAAGGAGUUGCUGAAGAAGUGCCACCAGUGCAUGGAGACCAUCGUCAAAGCCAAAGACCAGCAGGCGGCCGAGGCCAACAAGAACGCCAGCAUCCUGCUCAAGGAGCUCGACCUGGAGAAGUCCAGAGAAGAGAGCAAAAAGCAAGCUCUGGCGGCCAAGCGGGAGAAGCGCAAGGAGAAGCGCAAGAAGAAGAAGGAGGAGCAGAAGAGGAAGCAGGAGGAGGAGGAGGAGGCGCAGACCAAGGAGUCAGAGACACUGGAGCAGGAGAAGGACUCUUCUGAAGAACCAGAGGUGCCCAUUGAGCCGCCAAGUGCCACCACCACCACCACCAUCGGCAUCUCGGCCACGUCUCCCACCUUCACCUCCGCCUUUGGCAAGAAGCGCGUCGGCGCCGCCACCGCGCCCAUCGCCGCCCGCAAGGGCCGCAAGAACAAGAGCAAGGAGAGCCCGGGCGAGUCCGGGGUCCACCUGCAGGAGGCGCCACAGGCCCAGGGUCAGGGAGGCAAGCAGCUGAUGGGGGCCAACGGCGACUCGGACCACCUGGACAACACGGACUGCACCAGCGAGAGCAGCGGCAGCAGCAGCAGCAGCGGAGGGGGAGGAGGAGGAGGCGCAGGAGACCGCAACCACAACCACCACCACCGCCACCCACCCGACACGCACCCCGCCCUGUCCACCACCUCAUCGUCCUCGUCCUCGUCCUCGGCCCCCGCGCACAUGGGCUCCGCCGUGGACAAGAGGCAGGGCCCUCAGUACAGCACUCGCGAAGACAAGGUCAUCAGCUCCAAGAGGGCUCACGAGCAGGCAGUGGACUUGAUGUCCAGCUCCAUGCCCUCAUACAAGAGCAUCUCGCUCCCCGUGACUUCCCCCAACAGCAAGCUGAGCAUGACCAGCCCCAAGCGGGGCCAGAAGAGAGAGGACGGAUGGAAGGAGGUCGUCAGAAGUCGACCGAUGAGGUUUUUAUCCUGUAGGUCCAAGAGGCUCUCCGUUCCCGCGUCAGUGGUCUCACGCAUCAUGGGCCGCGGCGGCUGCAACAUCACCGCCAUCCAGGACGUCACCGGCGCACACAUCGACGUGGACAAGCAGAAGGACAAGAACGGAGAGAGAAUGAUCACCAUAAGAGGAGGCACAGAGUCCACCCGCCACGCCAUCCAGCUCAUCAACGCUCUCAUCCAGGACCCAGCCAAGGAGCUGGAGGACCUCAUCCCCAGAAACCACAUCCGGCCCCCGGGCUCCAAGGCCGGCGCGGCCGCCUACUCCAGCUCCAGCGGUGCCAACAGCGCCGCCCUGGUGGGCUCCAAAGGCCAGGGCUCGUCGGCCGCCGCCGCCACCGCGGGCGCCUUCCAGCCCUCCUCCUCCUCCGCCUUGCAGGCCGGGGGCAAGCUGGGCAAGGGGCUGGCGUCGUCGACGGCGUCCGGGAUGAGGCAGCCGUUCCCCGUGUCGCUCCCGCUGGCCUACGCGCACCCCCAGCUGGCGCUGCUGGCGGCACAGACCAUGCAGCAGAUCCGCCACCCGCGGCUGCCCAUGGCGCAGUUCGGCGGCACCUUCUCGCCGGCGGCCAGCACCUGGGGGCCCUUCCCCGUGCGGCCCGUGAGCCCCGGCAGCAGCAACAGCUCCCCGAAGCACGGCACCAGCGCCAACCCCUCGCCCGCCUCGCGCCCCGCCCCCUCCUCGUCCUCCUCGUCCUCCUCGGCGCUCGCCGAGCCGUCGGCCGGCAACACUAACGUCAGCCCCAGCGCGGUGGCCCUAGCGGCGGCGGCGGCGUCCUCGGCGGCUGGCCACAUGGCCGCGUCCCCCAGCAGCAGUAUCAGCAGCGCUGCGCCCACACACACACACACACACACACACGUGCAGCCCACGCCCUCCUCCGUCAGGAAGCAGCUGUUCGCCCCCACGGCCCACCCCAAGACGCCCGCCGCGCCCUCCACCGGCGCCAGCACCAACCCCACCCUGACCAGCGCCGCCCAGCCCGCCGGCUGCACCCCCUCCCUGCUCCACCCGCAGCACGCCUCCUCCUCCACGGCCCCCUCCAGCACGCCCCUGCCCUCCAGCGGCCCCUCUGCCCACACGCCCAAGUUGCCCCCCAAGGCUGCCGAGGGUGGCAGCGUGCCCGCGGCGCCCGUUGGCAAAGAGAAGCACGUGGCCCCUGAGCCCCAGCCUCCAGCCCCGGAGCCCGCGGACUUCCCCACGCCGGCGGUGCCUCCCAAAGCGGAGCUCCAGCAGCAGCAGCAGCAGCAGCAGCAGUCGUCCCUGGCCUUCAGCUCCAGCGCAGAGACCCCUCUGGCCACGCCUCUCCUGGCGCAGUCCUCCUCCGCCGCCCUGCCGCCCUGCUCCACCUCGCCCUCCUCCGCUCAGCCCCACCUGGGCAACACCAGCAGCGCCGCCGCGCCGCACUUCUGCCCCCCCGCCCCACGCAUGUCCCACCGCAUGCAGAUGGCCCCCUCUCACUACGGAGCCGCCAUGGCCGAGCAGCAGCAGCAGCAGCAGCAGCAGCAGCAGUCGCUCCUCAUGUCCCUGGGUGCUCAGCAGGAGGCCCCCAAGCCACAGCCCACGCAGCAGCAGCAGCAGCAGCCCCCGAUGCCCCCACAGCCCCCUCACGCCCCGCCGCCCCAGCUGCAGAUGCCCUCGUCCUCGUCCUCCUCCUCCGGCCUGGGCCUGAUGAACGGCUCCCAGCAGGUGCACAUGCACGGCGCCAAGCCCCAGAUGCCGCCCAACUUCGGCCCCACGGCCCUGUUCAACCAUUUCAGCAGCAUCUUCGACAGCAACCAGGUGGGCACCAACCAGGUGUGGGGCGCCUGCCACCUCCCCACGCGCUCCCCGCCCGAGCAGCACUACUCGGCUCCCCCGGCCUACAUGGGCAUGGGCAUGGGUCAGGUGGACGGCGUGAUGCCGCCGCCGCCCAUGCCACCUCCGGACAGCUCCAAGGCCCCUGGCUACCGGUCAGCCUCCCAGAGGAUGGUCCCGAGCUCCAUCGCUAUCCAUCCUCUGGACCCUGCAGCCAGCUCCAUCUCCUCAUCUUCUGCUGCGCUGACCAGCCUGGCCAACUCCACCUCCAUGUCCAGCAGUGCUGUGUACCUUCAUGGCCACGGCCCCAAUCCUGCCUCCGCCCCCUCCUUCAACCGACAGCAUUUCUCCCCCCACCUCUGGGGCGCCUCUGGCUCUUGUGAAUCUGCUGUCCCGACUGUGUCAUCAGGGGCGUCCUCCCCGCUCACGGCAUCCACCUCGGCUCCACCGCACCAGGCCAAGCCUGGCUCCUCCAGCCACCUGGACCGGAAGGUUCCGCCACCCAUCGGCACCGAGCGGCUUGCCCGUAUCCGGCAGACGGGCACGGUCAACCCGCCGCUGCUCACCACCAGCUACACAGCGCCUGUGGGCCAGGGCGGCAUCUGGUCCUUCAGCGUUGGCAAUCCCUCUGCGGAGCCUGUGUCUGGCUGGUCGCAGCCCUUGAUGAGUAGUCACAUGAUGCAUCAACAAGCUCAAGAGCAGGUGGCCUUCUCUCAGCACCAACCCAUGGAGCAGGACGACACGGGCAUCGUGGCCCCCUCCAACACCUUCCACCAGCAGCUGCCCAACAAUCUCAUGGACUUCCCCAAAGGAAUGCCCAUGUCUAUGUAUGGUGGGGCCAUGAUGCCCCCUCAUGGACCCAUGGUAGAGGGACCUGGAGGACCCAUGUACAACGGCCUGCACACAUCCGACCCCGCCUGGAACCCCAUCAUUAAGAUGGUCCCCAAUUCCGCAGAGAGUUCAGAUCCUCAGCAGGUCUGGCCAGGUACUUGGGCCCCCCAUAUUGGGAAUGUGCAUUUGAACCACGUCAACUAGACCACGAUACUGGCAACAACCUUCAAGGCAUAUGUCCAAAAUUAACAGAAAAUACUCACAUUAAAGAGAACAUGAGGAAGUAAAAUCACAAGACAAAAACUUAGUAAUGCGGGCAAGUACAGAGUUAAGAAUUGUUAAAGAAAAGAAAACAUACUCUGUGUUUUUUGUUUUUGUUUUGUUUUAUUUUUGACGUGCCUAACUCAAAAAAUAAAAUAAAAAGGAAUCCAG